AAUGAUUAAAUAAUUGAUUGAUUGAUAGAAAUUAAUGGCAAUUGUUUUGAUUACUGAUGUAUUGGAUGAGUUAAGCGAAGAAAAUCAGAGACUUUUUAGUGAAUUAAGAUAUUGUCAGCAAUUGAUUGAUAAUUACAGACAUUUAGCGAAUAGUUUGCAAACAAAUUGUGUUUGUAUUGAAAACAAUGUAUUAUUGAAAACACAAUUCAAUGAAAUCGAUGUCCAAUACAAUGAACUGAAGAGUCGGCGACAAAACAAAUCCUAUGAUAAUAGUAGUAAUGCUAAGAAAAGUGUUGACAAUAAUAAAUCUGAUGAUUAUUUGUUGUCUGAGAGACCAUCGAUUAAGAGACAGUUUAUUAAACGUAUGAUUAAGACAACAACAACAACAUCGACAACAAGUGGUCAUCAAAUGAUUGAUAAAUCAAAUAUAGAGAUGAAAGCUAAUGAAGAGAUAUUAAGUGGUGAUAUAACAGUCAACAAACAUGUGAUUCAAGACAUCACUAACAUAUCGGAUUCAACUGAAGCAUUGGCUAAGAAGUUGAUGUCAGUGUCCGAAAGUGGUCCAAAAGUGGCCAAAACUCGGCCAAAACCGAAGCGCGUGCGACCAAAACAGCGUAAAAGAAAUCGCCAAAAGAAAUACUUCUGCCAAUGGACGGGAUGUUCAAAAGGAUUCAGAUAUAACUCGGAACUUAUUGGACACGAACGGCUCAAACAUACCGGUGAAAGACCCUACCAGUGCCUGGAAUGUCCGAAAUCGUUUUGCAUGGAAACCCAAUUGCGCGGCCAUCGGAAAGCAUCUCACGGACCUGACGGUCGGGCUGUUGUUUAUCGGUGUCAGUUCACCGGAUGCGACAAAUGGUUUCGCCAGAGCGGUUCACUAAAGAUACAUCACUUGAAACAACAUACCGAUCACAGGCCGUGGAAAUGCGAUGUCGAUGGUUGCGGCCGUACCUAUCAUCUGAAUCAUGAAAUGCAAUUACAUCGACGCGUUGUCCACAGCGACGACAGGCCCUUUGAGUGCGAUUGGCCCGGUUGUGACAAACGAUUUAAACGCAUGCAGACCCUCAACUCGCAUCGCGAGUAUCAUAUAGGCGACCGACACUAUCGGUGUCCAGUUGACGGGUGCGGCAAAUCGUAUCCGACCCGCAAUUCGCUCAUUGCGCACAACUAUUCGCAUACGAAACCUCAUGUGUGCAGUUGGCCGGCCUGUGAGGCCAGAUUUCGGGCCAAGAAUAAGCUCAGGGAUCAUAUGAACGGACAUCAGGGACUCAAACCGUAUAAAUGCCAUUUCCCCGAUUGCGAUGAUGUCUGCUAUAGUGCCCGAUCGGCACUGGAACAGCAUUUGAAACAUAAGCACAGUUAUCUCAAGUCAUACCAUUAUAAAGUUUAG